AUGGAGAGUGACACUUCUGUAGAAGUUGAAAACACCUUUGAGUUACAUGCAUCAGCAGAACUACAGGAACAUCAAGCCAGUUCAUCUGCUGCCCAGGGACAAGACGACAUACAGGCAGACACAACAUCUGUUUUCAGGGCCAUUUUCUCCUCUGAUACGUUCAGCUCAUUUGAUGAAUUUGACUCCCUUUUCAAGAAAUAUCAGAAUCAGACAGGGUCCGUGUUUCGAGAGCAGCAGCAGCAGCAGCAGCGUUUGGACCAGGAGCAACAGCAGCAGCAGCAGCAGCAGCGUUUGGACCAGGAGCAGCAGCAGCAGCAGCGUUUGGACCAGGAGCAACAGCAGCAGCAGCAGCAGCAGCAGCAGCAGCAGCGUUUGGACCAGGAGCAGCAGCAGCAUUUGCAGAAGCAGCACAAGAAGCUGCACAAGAAGCAGCAGCCGAUUAGGAACCAGGAGCAGCAGCAGCAUUUGCAAGCAGCACGAAAAAAAGCACAAGAUAGAGCAGCACGAGAAGCUGCACAAGAAGCAGCAGCACGAAAAAAAGCACAAGCAGCAGCAGCACGAGAAGCAGCACCAGAGAAGACAACAAGAACUAUGGCUUCCAAACCCCUUCAGUGCCGCGUUUGCAAUAAUGUCUUCAGCGAAGAAUACUGCCCCAGGAUUCUCCCCUGUUCUCACACUUUAUGUGACAUCUGCAUCGCCAGGAUCAUCUCGACCCGACAGAACACGUGUCCCAUCUGCAGGAAGGAGUUCACAGUCUCUUCAGUCGAAGAUCUGCUGAUUCACAGACCGCUCCUGAAUGUCUCAAAGGAACUUUCUUUUAUGCACUGUUGCGCAGCACCACCCUCUCAAGAGUCUAGUGAUGACUCACGAACGAAACGUACCCAGAAAAGCACAAGAUACCCCAAUCAUCACAGAGGAUCAAAGUCUCCCGUUCAAGCGUUCACCGAUACCUUCCGAGAGAAUUUUACGAGGAAAGGAAUCGCUGAUUGCCAGGAAGCGGAAGCUCAGGUUGCUGAUGCCAUUGCAGUUUCUAAAGUGAUGAAAAGUAAGUUUCUUGAAAACAAAAAAAAAAUCGCAGGCCUAAUCAAAAUUUUGCAAAAGUGGCAGCUUUCAAAUGAAAAUAAAGUGAGCAAUAUUGAUCAAAACACUAAACUGUUUGGAAACCUGUUGGUUGCCACACGACGAGACAAAGAAAAACUACAGGACUUCGAUGCAAAGCUGGAAGCAGCAACGGACUUUAUCUUUCUGGGGGCCGUUAUGGAAGACGCUGGAAAAGACUAUGAACUUGCUAUGAAAAACAUUGGGGAAAACAGCGCUAUUCUUCAGGAGACCGAGAGCGGAAGAAACGACACUGUGGAGAAAUUAGUAGAAAUGACAGCAACAUUGCGAAAUAUUGCGGAGGAAAUAGGACGAAGUGGAGAUGCUUCUCCUGUGAAUGUCACGGCGAAUGACCUGCAAAGUUUAUGUCGCCUCGUUAAGGAUGACGCCCGAAGGGAGAUCUUCGCUGUGAAGGUGUUCGAGGGGAGGCAGAUGGCGGCUCCAGUCAAAAUCAUGUCCAAAAACCAGGUCUAUCUGAGUCACCUUCAGGAAAGAGAAAUACCGCCAAAUAGCUUCGUCAUAAAGUUUGAAUCCCUGAUGGAAACGUUCUCCCCAAGGGUGUUUCUGGUUCUGGGCGUGGGCGGGGAACAUCUCGGAAAGGUAAUAAUGACCGUACUGGACAAGGGCAACCUCGCCCGCAACUUCCAUCACUUGUGCGCCGGAGAUGAGGGACCCUCGUACGCCAACUCUCCAGUCUUGGGUGUGCAUUCGAUGGGCGAGGUUGGCGAAAGCAUCCAAAUGGGAGAGUACACCUUCAAAGGGAAAAAAUCAAGGGAUGCAGUGCCGCCGACUGUGGACUGGAGAGCCGAGACACAUUUGAACAUCUACAAAGAGAGGCAGCUGAAGGCGGGAGAUUUGGUGGGGUGUGCCGUGGGUGGAAAUUUUUUGCUACACCCAUAUUUUAUUUCGCAUUUUAACAUCGUCAUCAAAGAUGAUCCCAGCAGCAGCGGCUGUAGCAGAUUUCGCUUUGGGGUUGUGGAAGAGGGACUUGAUGUCUUAAAGGAAGCCAUCAGGCGGGGUCCAAACAUAGAGAGAGUGAAGAUAGUCGACUGUGGACACAUAAUUUCUUUCUGACGUUCCCAUAACAGAUCUUCAUUUGGUUUUAUUCUUGUCGUGAGUGUUUGUCAGCCGCAUGACAAGAAUAUUGGUGAAAACUAUUGAGGAGUGUGAUUUUCUUCUUGUUAGGUUUAAUUGAAUUCAAUACAUAUUUGUGGCAGAACUUUAGACAGCUAUUCGCUUUUAAGCUUUCCUCCUUUUUUUUGACGAUUAAUAUCCUUUCAUUGGGGGCAGAUUUCCCCCUGGCUGAAGUACUUCUGUUUACCUAUAGCUAACCAACUAUUAUCCUUGUUUGUUAACAUUGUUCUCAGAACAUCGUA